UUUGAUUUUUAUAUUGCUGCCUAUUAUCGAUUUCGUUGUUUUUAAAUCGAAAAAUCGAUUAGUCGAACACGGGUUAUUGGGAAUCAGAAGAUGUCUAAGUACCUUGGACUGGACCGUUUGGGCAAACUUUUUCAGAUCGUUCGUCAAAAUGGCGGUCUGAAAAAUACCUAUCUCAAAUUGUAUAGAAAUGAUGAUUUGAAACUCGGCACUUUGGUUGGAACUGACAAGUAUGGCAAUAAGUACUAUGAGAAUCCUUACUACUUUUAUGGUAGAAAUCGUUGGGUUGAAUUUGCUGACCAUGUGAAUAUGGAUUACGAUGGCUCACAAAUUCCGGCUGAGUGGUUUGGUUGGAUGCAUUAUAAGACCGAUUUGCCUCCCAUUCGCGACGGCAAACGCCCUAAAUAUAAAUGGAUGGCUGACCACAGCGAAAAUCAUUCAGGAACUGAAGAGCAAUAUAUGCCAUAUUCCACCACCCGCCCAAAAAUUGAAGCUUGGGAUCCCAAAAAAGGCUCAGGUUCCAAGUAAACUAAUGGAUUGUGUUCCAGCAGGAUGGUGCAAGUUGUUAGUAUAAUUUUAAAUGUAAAAAAAAUAUUUUCAAAAAUAUUUAGAAAUAAAAACCUGUAAAAUGUAACAAUGCAAAGUUUAUACAUA